GGUUUUUGUUUAUAUCCCUUACUUACGAGUAACCUCACUUUACGGGCGAGUGCUGUGUUUUACGUAAAUUGGUGUACAUCUAAUACAUUGUUGAUCAUAUUAAACUACGCAGAUUUCAAUAACGUGUCUAAGAGUGUUUCAAAUUUCAAUAGUGCCCUGUGUAGAAGUAUAUUGUCUCCUGUGCAAGUGUUUUGAAGAGCACCUGUUGUGUUAUUGCUACUCCUGCACUCGUUCUGAGGGAAGUUCAAGGUCACCAAAACGCAAAUCUGUACCUACAGUUCUUCAAAAUCCUUUGGUAUUCGAACACUGUAGUCGUUUUCCUCACAAAAGCAUUUUCUGAUAGAAUCAUCAAAGCCGGGCGGCAACGCGCUCUCGAUAGGGAUAAGUGUUUCAAGCUCCGGAAUUUGCACGACAGUCGCUCUUGAAUUCGCGAAUCUUGAUUUGAAAAGAACGUCAAGAAGCUUUUUUUUUCUAUCGAAUAAUAUUUGAUUCAGCCAGCGCGUACUUUUAAAUGGAAAUAAAUGGAAUUCAAUUUGAUUCUGGCUCCGCGGAAUUAGAUCAGAAAAUUUCCGAAUGGCUCCAGUGGGAUAAGAACGAAAAUACGCUGAAUGAAAUAAAAUCGUUGGUUAAAGGACAAGAAUGGAAGAUUCUAAGCGGACGGUUGUUGAAACGGCUUGCAUUCGGAACGGCUGGUCUCCGUGGUGUUAUGCAGGCCGGUUUCAACGCUAUGAACGAUCUGGUGGUAGUCCAAUCCGCUCAAGGGCUUUGCAACUACAUUUUGGAGUGUUACCCAACGUCGGUGGAUAAAGCGCGUGGUGUAGUGCUGGGUUUCGAUGGGCGCUACAACAGCAAAAGAUUCGCUGAGCUAAGUGCUUGCGUUUUUCUGACCGCGGGCAUCCCCGUGUGGUUAUACAGCCGGACUGUAGCCACACCAUUCGUGCCGUUCGCUGUACAGGAGUUGCAGUGUUUAGCCGGUAUCAUGGUAACCGCCUCUCACAAUCCCAAAGAAGACAAUGGCUACAAAGUGUACUGGACUAACAGCGCUCAGAUUAUUUCACCGCACGAUAAAAACAUCCAGGCCCAUAUUCUGCAAAGUUUGGUUCCGCUAGAAUCAUCUUGGAACUUAGAUUUGUUAAAAUCAGAGCAACUGAAAGAUCCAUACGAUGAGAUGAAUAAGCUGUACUUCGAAAAACUAGCAGCCAACGUUCCGAAAAUUUUUGUAACCGAUUACAAUUGCAAAAGUACGCAACGAUUUGUGUACACAGCAAUGCACGGUGUUGGGUAUCCAUUCGUAGAACGAGGCUUUAAAACCGUAGGACUACAACCGGUGAUAGCAGUCAACGAACAACGGGAUCCGGAUCCCGAGUUUCCUACUGUUAAAUUUCCCAACCCAGAGGAAGGAAAGUCCAGCUUGGUGCUAUCGAUGAAACUGGCAAAUGAGUCAAACUGUGAUGUGAUAUUGGCGAACGAUCCGGAUGCUGAUCGGUUAGCAUGUGCUGAAAAGAACUCGAGCACCGGUGAAUGGCGUGUAUUUACCGGCAAUGAACUGGGUUCGUUGCUAGGCUGGUGGUCAAUAAGAUGUUAUCGUGAACAGUAUCCUGACAAGAGUUUGAAGGAUUGCUAUUUAUUAGCUAGUACGGUUAGUUCCAAAAUGUGCCGAUCAAUAGCGAACAUCGAUGGUUUAAACUUUGAGGAAACGUUGACAGGAUUCAAAUGGAUGGGUAAUAAAUCGGUCAACCUUAUGACUCAAGGUAAAACCGUACUAUUCGCAUUCGAGGAAGCCAUCGGUUUCAUGUGCACUCCAACCGUACUAGAUAAAGACGGCGUUAGUGCCGCCUGUCAGCUUGCAACAAUGGUUUGCUAUCUGCGAGCUACUAGCAACCAAUCUCUCGCAGACAAAUUGAACGAAUUGUAUGAUAUCUACGGCUAUCACUGCACGGUAACAUCUUACCAUUUUUGCUACGAUCCGGUGGUGAUUGAACGUAUAUUCGAUCGAAUUCGGACCAUGGAAGGAACCAACCAUGGCUAUCCGAAAACGAUUGGUGGUGAAAAGUAUGCAAUCUUAUCAGUUCGAGAUCUUACCACCGGGUAUGAUUCCUCCCAGGAGGAUGGAAUAGCGUUACUGCCGUCGAGCAAAAGCUCACAGAUGAUAACAUUUUCGUUCGAGAAUGGCGCGGUUAUUACACUGCGUACCAGUGGUACAGAACCGAAAAUUAAAUACUAUGCUGAGAUGUGCGCAAAACCUGGCCAAAGGGACUGGGAAGCUUCGCGAGAAACCCUUCGCGACAUGGUGGACUGUAUCGUUGAUGAACUGCUCGAACCAGCAAAGAACAAUCUUACUCCCCGCUCGGAUUAGAAAAAAAAAUCUCGGAAAUUUGGACGUUUCGAAUUCAGUAAAUCAAACGGGUGACGCCUCUUAUGAGCUUAUCUAUGUAUUUACUGCUCUCUUGUAUCUACUUGUUUCAAUGUGUCUACUAGUGUCCGAUAGGGUUCUACUUUCGUGCUUCACGUACUUUUCUCAAAAUAGACAGUCACUGAUUCCGAACAGCAAUCGGAUACAUGUCCAUUGUACAAUAAUACAGAUCGACAAUUCUACGUUAAGCUAUCUCACAGUUUAGUAGUGUUUUAUCUAUAAUAACAAGAAAUAUCUUAAAGCUAGUUCACGUUCGGGGUUUGCGACUAAGACAGAUAGUCCACAUGCUAAAAUGUAACAUGCUGCAAGUGAGUAAUUGAAUAUGUUCCAUUUAUUAUCUCGUUUGUUCAUCUAGUAGACCUGCUAAGAGAACGAAAAACCUUACCAUAGCUAAAAGAUGCAACUCUAGUAGAAUCUUAACCUUUUAUUUAGUCCCAGUUAUGUGGAAAUGCCACAUGUGUUAAACGCUGUAAGUAUUGUAAUGUUCAGGUAUUACAUCUUUUGACCGACGACAAAUAAAUAUGCUUGAACUAUGUAACUAAACCCAUCUUUGUGAUGCGAUUGAAGUAAUAAAUUGAAACUGAAUAUCAACCGA